UUCAACUGUAGGUGUAUGUUUACUUAACUUUAAAUAUUUAGUCUGCUAAAAGAAGAAUAAAAACACCCGGAAAUUGAAGAGAAAUAUCACGAAGUCAUGUCAACUGAUUCUUCAGAUUCAGACGACAUCGAAGAUACCGAAUUUACAGAAAUCGACUCAUCCCCUGAUGGGAUUAAAUUAAGAAAGAAGAUUUUAACUGUAAUCAAAAGAAUAAGAAUAAAUAGGAAGUCUGGUACUCGUCUUGGAAAUGGGAAAAUUAUUAAAGAAAGACAAAAAGUAGCAGAAAAGAAUUCAACAGAAGACAAGGAAUAUCAACUGUGUGUACCGGCACCUGUUUUAUAUUCAAGUGAUGAUAUAUAUAAAUAUAAUAUGAGUCGGAGAAAGCCAGGGCUUGCGGUUUUCAUCAUUAAUUCUAGGUUUGAACAUCAACCGUAUAGACCAUUUGCAAGAACAGACUGUCGUUAUAUGGUAAAACUCUUUAAACAUUUAGGCUUUGAAAUACAUCUUCUAGAAGACCUGAAAGGACAGGAAUUGUGGAGAGAGCUAAUAGCAAUACAGAGAUCGAUAACCACUGAAUAUGACUGUUUCGUUUGUGUUAUCAGUUCUCAUGGUGCAGAACUACCAUUGUCGAGAUUGUUGGAUUCACAGAGAAAACUUCGUGAGCAUGUUAUAUAUACAAUGAAUGGAACCAUUCCUACAGACGAAAUUCUGAAAAUUUUCAAUAAUGAAGGUUGUAAAAAUCUUCAAGGAAAACCACGAAUUUUCUUUAUACAGGCUUGUAGAUGUGUUAUGGGAGCGGACGAAGAGUUUGAUGUCGACAAAGGUGUACACAUUGAAGUUACUCAAACUCGAAUUCAUGAAGAAGAUUAUCCUGUUUUCCAUAUAAAAAGAAGAAAUGAAUAUAAUGAUGACGACACAAAAAAUGAAGUAAAAAAUGAACAUUGUGAUUUUGUAUUAGACGAGAAGUUACCAACUACAAGUAAACAAGAUACUAGAGGAAGACCGAAAGACUAUGAUUCUAAAGUUAGCAGUACAAGGUUCCAUUCCGCAGAACCAGCUUCAUUUUGUUUUAUACCAUGCCAUGAAGACUUUCUUGUUAUGUUUUCUAGUGCAUCAGAACGAACAGCUUGGUCUGACAAUGGUAAAGGAGGUUGGUUAUUGUACUGUCUCUAUAAGGUUUUUAAGGGUCUUUUAAACUCAGAGUUUAAAACUGAUCUAUUACAUAUCUUGGUAGGAGUUUGUGAUAAGAUGGCGCGAGAACUGGCAGCAGGGACACCAUCAGAUCCUAUUCGAAAUAGAACAAAAUCAGCAGCAGCAAUCUAUCACAUGUUGACAAAAGAUAUUUAUUUACAACCGAAACAUGCGACGAAACAGUCAUUUUGCAGUAGACAGUUUGAGGAAAAGUAGAUUGAUACUCUGUACUUUAAAACAAUUGAAUAUAAGAAAUUAAAUAUCUAAAUACCUUGUUAAAUAUGCAAGACA